AUGUCUUUUAAAGAUCUAAAAGUGGAACGCGUCGAUGGUGAGUUGGCGACCACAUUAUUAAAAUGGUAUCCACUUCACAAACGUGGCUUCGUUAAAAUCGGUCAGAAAAAAUGGUUCCUGCCAUACAGAUACGUCGAGAAGGGUGACAGUAUAUAUAAUUUUGAAAUUCGUCCGGAUGAUACAUGGAUUUUUUCGUAUCCUAGAUCAGGUACGACGAUGACGCAGGAACUAAUAUGGCUGGUGGCGAACGACAUGAAUUUUGACAAGGCACAGCGAAGAUAUUUAGUAGAGAGAUUUCCCUUUUUAGAAAUAGGAGCAAUAUUAGACGAUCAUAUUGCAACGGAAAAUAUUCCUGGUAGGAUCAAUACGGAGAAAUAUAGUAUCGAAUUUGUGCGAAAUCAGUCUUCUCCACGUUUCAUUAAAAGUCACAUGUCUUUCGAAUUGUUACCGACAGUCGUAAAUAGCUCUUGCAAGAUUAUUUAUGUCGCAAGAAAUCCAAGAGACGUAGUAGUCUCGUGGUAUAAUUUCAUGAAAGUGAUAACACAUUUUCAGUAUCAGGGAACUUUCGAACAGUUCUGUAAUAAUUUCAUGAAUGAUCACACACUAUGGAGUCCAUAUUGGGAACAUGUGAAACAAGCUUGGGCGAUGAGAUACAGAGCAAAUAUGAUGUUCCUCUUUUACGAAAAUCUGUUGAAGGAUUUACCUGGGAACAUAAAAAAGAUUGCUGCGUUCUUCGAUAAGACUUACAGCAAUGAACAAAUUGCCAAGUUAGAGGAGCACUUAAAAAUAGAGAAUUUUCGCAAAAAUCCUAUGGUGAAUCAACCGAGUCCUGAUACUGUGAUAUCGUCGGAUAUGUUUAUUCGACAAGGAACAACCGAUGGUUGGAAAAAAAUGUUUACACCGAAAAUUGAAGAAAGAUUUAGCAAAUGGAUCACUGAUAAUUUAAAGGAUACGGAUUUGUCUUUUCCAAGUUAGACUGUUGCACAAACAGUUACAUAAGCAGUUGUAGUUAUAAUUUAUGGAUUUUUGGCUUAAUUAUGUUAGAA